AUGCAUAUACUUGACCUUCCAGUCGAAUUAAUGCACAUGGUCUUGCUCCAGGCUGUCAUUUCCCGUGGCGUCACAAGAGGCCUUAGACUAAAGCUCGUCUGCAAACAAUUUUAUAACUGCCUCCAGCCUGCUCUAUUUGAGUCGAGGCUUCUUGACGACUUUAGUAUUAUACCUCGCUACAAUGACCUCGACUUCAUGGAGCUGUGGUAUAUUCGGAAGCAGUAUGGGGCCGUCGAUUUAUGGCAUUCUUAUUUUGUCUAUCGAGUCAAAAGUGAAAAUGACCCUAACGUACGCUGCUUCGUCGAAAUACGGCACCUAGCAGAGAGUAUUUGCCGCCAGAUACAAGGAGAAUAUAUCGAGAUGCUCGAUACCCUGUGUUGGCUCGCGCUGGAGCGAUAUGUAGGCAUGCAAGGUUGCCGAGAAGACCGUCCACAUGAUAGCGAUACUCCAAACUUAGGUCAGAAUCUCUUGGGUGCAGCAGCUUAUCUCGAUAACCUCCCCCUAGCUAGACAAUUACUUUCAGAUGGUCACUGUCCAACAGUGAAUAAUCAAGUAAUCCCUUCGCCUAUGCAGCUCGCCGCAUGGGCAGGCAAUGCCGAUAUGUUAAGGUUUCUUCAGGAAUACUUGCCAGAUUUUGAGAAUAUACCAUUUGAAGCCGAUUCCUGGCGAGGCAAGACCGGACCCGGCUCUAUCAAGGGAGCGUCAAUCCGCGGAGAUAUGAACAUACUCCGUCUGGCGAUAUAUCCUCCUUCACGAAUGACACCUGAUAGCAAGGAUUUUGCCGGUUACCUAUUCGGCCAAGUCGAUCCACACUCCAAGCAGGGUAGAGACCUCCGAUCUGCCCUUCUGUGCGCCAAGACUCCAGAAACGUUUCAGUACAUUCAAACAUUCUUUCAAGAUCCGGGGUUAGACAACCGGUUCCUCUUGCUACGCUACGCCGAGCUAGGCAAUGUGGACAUAGUAAGAUAUCUCCUUGAUGCAGGUGCCGAUAUAAACGGCGGAGGAAGGCUUAAUUGCAACCCACUGUCCUGUGCGGCGCGGUACUGGCACGAAGACAUGGUUGAUCUACUACUGAAGCGCGGUGCUGAUCCCAACUGUCAAACUAUGCAGCAGCGCGGCUCACCACUAAGAGCCGCAGCUAUGAGCGGGAGUAUGACGAUUGUGCGCAAGCUGAUUAACAGCGGCGCCAAGCCAAUUGACAACGACUGGUGGCCGCUUUUCGAAGCUGUCCGGCUUGAGCACACUGCUAUGGUGAGACUGCUACUGGACCUGAACAUUGGCGAUGCAGCUGCUCGGUCGCAGAUAUUAGAGCUGGCGUUGGAUUUAGGCCUAGACUCUAUGGUACAGCUUUUGCAACAGCGGGGCAUAAGCCUGCCGUCAUGA